ACUUGCAACUUCCUCUGCUUUUUACACUCUGUUCUCUCUUAUCAGAAAGGACUAAGAAAAUUGGAAUGGCACUUUCUACUACUACACUUCUAGUUGCUCUCAUUGUUUCACUUAUUGGUAUCAACCUUCAAGGUGCCAUUGCUGACUAUGGUGGUGGUUGGCAGGGUGCACAUGCCACUUUCUAUGGGGGUGGUGAUGCUUCUGGCACAAUGGGAGGAGCAUGUGGUUAUGGAAAUUUGUAUAGCCAAGGAUAUGGAACGAACACUGCAGCACUAAGCACAGCAUUGUUCAACAAUGGAUUGAGCUGUGGUGCUUGCUAUGAGAUGAGGUGUGAUGAUGAUCCAAGAUGGUGCAAGCCUGGCUCCAUUAUUGUCACUGCUACAAACUUUUGUCCCCCAAAUUUUGCUUUGGCUAACAACAAUGGUGGAUGGUGCAACCCUCCCCUUCAACACUUUGACAUGGCUGAACCUGCAUUCCUUCAAAUUGCUGAGUAUAGAGCUGGAAUUGUGCCUGUUGCAUUUAGAAGAGUGCCUUGUAUGAAAAAGGGAGGAAUAAGGUUCACCAUCAAUGGCCAUUCAUACUUCAACCUGGUUUUGAUCACAAACGUCGCGGGUGCAGGGGACAUCCAUGCAGUCUCAAUCAAAGGGUCAAGAACUGCCUGGCAAACAAUGUCAAGAAACUGGGGGCAAAAUUGGCAAAGCAACUCAUACCUUAACGGACAGAGCCUCUCUUUUCAAGUCACCGCCAGUGACGGUAGAACCGUCACAAGCUUCAACGUGGCACCAGCUAACUGGCAGUUUGGUCAAACUUUCCAAGGUGCUCAGUUUUAAUUAAAUAAAAAAUAAAUAAACUUAGCUAAAUUAAAUUGUACACUCACAAUUUUUUGUUAACAUGAACUAAUCAUAUGACUAGUUUGUGUUAACAAAAUUCAUUCAUCUCGGAAAGUGAAAAAAAAAAUGAAUCAAAGAAGUGUGUGUAUGUUUUUGGUUUAUUAUUAUUAUUGGUGGAAGGAAUUAAAGAAGUGUUAUUAGGUAUUGUUGAUUGUUGUUGUAAGUUGUAGCUGUGUGAUUUAAGAAGGGCCAGAGUGUUUUUAUUGGUCUGGUAAGGAUAGCUGAGGUGAUUUAAUAUAACACCCGCUAGGGACUUCUUCACAUAUGUAAUGUA